UCCACAUGCCAUUCACAUGAACCAAAGGCGAGAGAACUGCUUCCUACACAGAUAAAAUCCUUGAAACAUAAUUUUCAAGGCUGUCGUAGGACUUCUGCACAGUACCGAACACCACACUGUCAUAAAUGUUAAUAUUUAAUCAGAAAUACUUUGCACUUAGUAUCAUGAUUGACAUAUUUUCAUAAACUGCAAGAUGUAUAGCUCAUUUUCACUCACACCCAGGAAGCACCAUGACAAGCAGCGAGCACAAAGGGCUGAAGCUGAAGCGGGAGGUAGGGUUAAUUAGUGCCGUAUCUCUGGUCGCAGGCACUAUGAUAGGAUCGGGGAUAUUUAUGUCCCCUCAGUUUGUGAUGGCCAAUGUUGGAAGCCCCGGAGCAAGCUUGAUCAUCUGGGCUGUGUGUGGCCUGGUGACUCUAUGUGCUGCGCUCACUUAUGCAGAGCUUGGUACCAUCUUCAGAGAAUCCGGAGGAGAGUUCAUAUAUGUCCUGAGAAUCUUCGGACCCUUACCUGCAUUCUUUGUGGCAUACACGUUUACAAUCGUGGUGAAGCCAGCAGGUAUUUCGGCUGUAGCCUUGAGUUUUGCUCAGUAUGCCGUGGCUCCUUUUUAUCCAGGCUGCAUGCCACCUACGUUGGUGGUGAAAUGUAUAGCAGUGGCAUGCAUUUUCGUGGUGGCUACCGUAAAUAUGCUGAAUAUUCGCUUUGCCAUGGCCAUUCAGGUUAUCUUCCUGGUGGCCAAAGUUGUGGGUCUGAUGGUGAUCAUUAUUGGUGGAAUAGUUGCCAUUGCCCAAAAUGGCCUAGAAAACCUUGAAAAUCCAGACAUUGCCUUUAAGGGUACAACUUUGGAAAUCAGUACCAUUGGAAUGGCUCUGUAUCAGGGACUCUGGUCUUUCGCAGGAUGGUACAAUUUAAACUUUGUGCUUGAGGAGGUGAAAAAACCAGAGGUAAAUCUACCCCGGGCAUUAAUGAUUGCCAUCCCAAUGGUUACCAUCCUCUACUUGCUGGUCAAUAUCAGUUAUCUGGCCGUCAUGACUCCUAGAGAGAUGAUGAUGUCCAGUGCUGUAGCAGUUACUUGGGGCAAUAAGGUGCUGGGCAGCUGGGGAUGGGUGAUGUCUAUUGCAGCAGCAUUAUCUUCCUUUGGAACACUGAAUGGAGCACUCUUCAGUGGAGUACGAAUUUGCUUUGUAGCUGCCCGAGAGGGUCACAUGCCUAGCAUCCUGUCCAUGGCCCAUGUGCGACGUCUCACGCCCUCUCCAGCUCUCAUCUUUACCACCAUUAUCGCUUUCAUUGUGCUCAUUCCUGGAGACUUCCAGGGAAUAAUCAACUUCUUCAGCUUUACAUCCUGGUUGUUCUAUGGAGUUACGAUAUCUGGACUACUCUAUCUCAAAAUCAAAAGGUCCAAUCUUUCACGUGUAUAUAAGGUACCCAUUUUUAUCCCUAUUCUGGUGCUGCUGGCGGCUGUGUUCCUGGUUCUAGCACCCAUCAUUGACAAUCCUCAGCUCGAGUACCUAUAUGUGACCCUCUUCAUCCUAAGUGGUGUUUUAAUUUAUUUUCCGUUCAUUCACUUCAAACUGUUUCCAGGCGUGUUGGACAAACUCACAGUGUUCCUGCAGCUCUUCCUGGAGGUGGCGCCAGCUGACAAAAAUGUAUAAAACAUUGACACCAGACCGAGAGGCAGAGCUUUUCAGCCUCUUGCUCUGGUCGGCAUUGGGCCUUUAUAACUAUUUGUAAUAUUUCUAUUGCCACUGUAUUCUGAAUGCUGAGGAUUUACAGUUUGUCUUAGAACUUGGGCAUUUUGUGAGUUUAUAAAAUCAAUAACAUGCUGUAUUUAUAUACCACUAGAAAUAGGCGUAAAAGAACAUUUCUAAUUGAAUUUCUUUACUUUUAUAUAGAAUAUAUACAUUUCUGUUUGUAAAUUAUAUAAUUUGUCAUUUUUCCAUGUAGACAGAAAAUAAAUAAAGCAUUGAUAAGCAAAGAGAAAACAGAUUCAUAUAAUUUUAAGUAGGCUACUUACUUACUCAAAAUGCCAGUGUUUCCAAUCAACAGCUGCAAGAUCACAUGUCAAAAUAAUCAUACCAAAAUCACCUCAGACCAAGACAAGAAAGAAGCCUUUAAAAGCAGUACAUUCACUACCCUCUUUUCUAUGAAGCCCUGCAGGAUUCCAAUGAAACACACAAGAAUAAAACUCAGGUUUGUUACAUUUAUAAUUUUUCUUUCAAAAACAACUUGAUAGAGCCCAGAUUACAUUUUACAUUUCAUUUACUAUUAUCAGCUAAUAUACUUCCUCGCCAGUAAAGGGUUAUUAUGACUUUGAAGUAAUCUAGCUAUACAUUACGUCUGUGUUGACAAGCUUAUAAUGACAAAGAACAUUUGUUAUGUCAUUGCCACCUUUGUUAUGACAACAAGACUCUUUGAAACUCCAACACAUGUCCUACAAGCGCAUUCAAAAGCCGUCACCGCCACAGGGCGCAGUCAAUAGCCGUCACCGCCACAGGGCGCAGUCCAUUCAUUGUCCACCGCGUCAACGCUAAGAUGGACAUCUAUUUGGUCUAACAUCUCGCGAUAUUUCUAAUGCUCGACGGGAAUUUGCGUUGCUGGAGAAACAAAAGCAGCCAAAAAAAGAAGCUCCCUCUGUUUUUUUCCAGCUUUUUUCUUGGGUCGCUUAUACGCACACACACACA